GACAUCAAAACAUGAAGAUCUACACUCUCCUCUACAUGUCGAGUUAAAUCUAGUCACUUCUAAGUACUAGAUCUAGAUCUCAAAUGUAGAUCUUAUCUACAUUAGCACUUGUUUAGUGUAAGUUGAAACUAAAUUCUAAAUUUAUUGUUCAUUGGAUGACUGCACUCUGUUCAAAAAAGAAUGUCGCAUGUGAUCCCAAUUGUCUCAUCUUCACCUCCACCAUUAGAUGAUGAUGAUGCAGGACUUGAGUGGAAUGAUGAAGAUGAUGAUUUUGGCCAUUUCACAAGCGCUGGACAUAUUGAGACUGAUCCUGCAUUCCACAUAGAUGUUGACUCUUCAAGAUCUGAUGUAUCAUUACCGGGUGAUAACUUAACAAUCAUCAAAGUGGAAACUAUAAGUAGUCUCAAUGUGAACACUAAUUCUAGUGACUCAGUUUCUAGUGUUGAAGAUGGCUCUGGGAAUAGUACAAAUAUAACUAAAAGCUGUUUAGAGACAAAUACUUUUAUUGUCGAGAAUAUUGCUCAAUGUCCAGAAAAAAAAGUAGAUACUUUGACAUCUGAAAAUUUAGCACCUGUCAAUGAGAAUUUUCAAUAUUGUGAUGGCCCUAGUACAGAAAAUGAUAGUCAGGGUUCCAUUGCAAGUGAGUUUGCAGAGAAACCAACAAUAGAAUAUGACUCAUCAUCAGUGAUGACCAACAAUGAGUCAGUGUACAGUAAUACAUCUACCAUAGACUCUGGUGUGUUCAGUACUGAUCUUUCUCCUUCCACCCAUCCCGUGUCCACACUUUGCCACAGCUCUGAGUAUUUGGACAAGCCAGGUGCUCUGGUGCAGUCUUUGGAAGAAUUCAAUACUGCAGACCCUAGCUCAGAUCAGAUAAAUGGUUCAUUGCAAGGUGGCUGUUCAGUGAAUGCUGACAGUGAGGACUGGAGUGAUUUCAAUGCAGCUUUUGAUAAUGAUUCUCUUAUCGCUGACAGUUUCAAUGAGGAUACACAAAGUACAGUUACAGGUGAGCAGAACUUGGAGACUGGUAAAGUUUAUUAUGAAAUGAUUCAAAGUAUGCAAUCUGUGCCUUUGGUUAAUGGUGUGGAGCCUCAAGAAAUUAAACCCAUUAGCAUAGAAGUAUUAAAAGAAGCUUCUUCUACUGUUGCGGGAGUACAAGAAAGUGGUCCGAAUUCACCAGAAAGUGAGUUACACACUAAAAGUGAUCCACAAAAGGAUGAUAGUGAAUGGGGAGAUUUUGACUGCAAGGUUAGUGACACAUUUAAUGAAAUCGACCCAAAGAGGAACAAGGACUCACCGAACAACCACUUCUUACAGAACUCAAUGAGUGUUGAAGACAAUGAGGGGAUAUCUCAGGAUAAUUUAGAUCUGCAUAAUGUUUUAAAAACUGAAGAUAGUUUGUUGAGUGCUAACAUUCUCCAAACAACUGUUGGCAUGGCAGAAACAAAUGGUGAAAAUUCUAUAGAGUAUAAAGUGUCAGACUCCGUUAAAGAAGCACAUUUAGUGGAAAAUGCAGACGAAGAUGAGUUUGGUACAUUUAGAACAGCUUUUGAUAAAAAAGACAGCGAUUCACAAGAAGUUGAUCCUGUUACAUUCCGCACCAGUGUAUUUGAGACAGAGGAAGAGAAUACAUCCAACUACAUUGUAGUUCCUAGGCAAACUGAAAUCAAAGACUCCACUUUUCAAGAUCAGGCAGAGGAAGAGGAUUUUGGAAAUUUCAAUGUAGCUGGUCAUGUGGAGGAGCCAGAGCCUGUAGAAUUUGCUGAUUUUGGCACUGCUGAUAAAUCCUCAGAUAGAAAUGUUCUUAAAGACAAUGAGAGUGAUGACAUGAAAAAAAUAGAGGAUGAUAAUGACUGGGCUGAUUUUGAUGAAGCCAGUCCUGUGCAGCCAACAGAACCAUCUUAUCUUUCUACAGAAAACAACUUCUCAAGACCACUUGAAGCUGAUGAGAGUAAAGUUCACAAAUUAGAGAAGGCUAUCGUCAGCUGUUUUCCUGUACCUUCAGACCCUGGAGAUAGUGCCUCACUUGACAACCUAAGAGACAGUUCUGAGGGUCUUGAACACAAGACCUCACCAAGUUCUGCUGAAGAGAUGACCCUUACAACCCUGGACACUGUUGUAGAGCUUGGACUGUCCAACCCCUUAGAAGCUAAGCAACAAUCUUGGACUGUUGUACAACACCCUUCCAAAAGAGAUCCAAAAGUCAGACUGUGGAGCCACCUGAAAGAUGUGGAUUCUAGUCAUGCCCUCCAAUAUGGCUGGUCUACCUCUCACUGCAGCCAAGAAGUCUUUAUCACUCUACACAUUGACACACAGAAUGUGCUUUUCACUCAGAAGAAACAAGCUGUGCCCUAUUUUGCUUCUGGUUUGAGUAUAUUAGAACCUAUUCGUGGUGGAGCAGACAGCAAAAAUAGCAGACACACAAUGGCACCUGCAACACUGCUUGGCACUAGCAGACUUGACCAGUCUCAGAAUAUCACAUCUGUUCAGGACAUUCCUCCGGUUGACUUUGAUUGGAGCAGCAGUGGGUUGACCAACCCAUUAACAGCCAACACACUAGACUUAGAUUUUCUUGUCGUUCAGGGAGGUGACUCUUAUGAGAAGACGUCAGACGAGUGGGACUGGGUUUUCAAGACAGACUGCCAGGAGUCAACACGUCCAUCACUACAACCAUUGGAGGACAUUUUGAAGAAAAGCACUCCUACUGCCAAACUGGCCACUUAUGAGGCCCUUUCACCAGAGGCUCUACGCAUUUUGGACAGGAUGCCAGAUUUAAGUUUUAUGCAUUCCAGAGUUUUAAUGUUUCCAGUCAAACAGUGAUUCAAGCAUUUGUGAGCCAUUUGAUUGCAACUCUUGCUACUGCCAUCAGGUCUUGUGAUUAAUUUAAAUUAAUAUUUUUUUGUAUUUCUGACCUAGCCACUACCAUCACUACACUCAUGAUAAAAGUGAUAUAAAAAUGAAGAAGGUUGGUUGCUGAUGUGACCACUGCCAUCUUGUAUUGGACUUUUUCAGCAUUGUGAACGCAGGUCACAAACUUAAAAUGGCAGCCAACAUACUACAUAUUCAUGUAAAAGUCAUCGUUUAUCUUCAGAUUUCAUAUAGUGUAAUGCUUGUUUCUAUUGGGUUUUUUAUUUAGCCAAUGGUUUUCAACUGGUCAAUGAAAUGUUCUCAUGAACUUUGUCCUUGUUAUUUUUUUUUUUAUGUGUGUGUUAUUGUUCUUUUUAAAUAAAGACAAAUGUUCUUUGUUGUCACUAUUGAUGUGAAUAUUUUCUCAAAUAAGUUUUUGCUGAUGAUUUUUUUCUUCCCCAUUUGUCUUUCUCAAAUGGUUGGGUUUAUCUGGGUUUUAGUGGAUUAGAUAUUUGGUGCAUUGUUUUUUCUAGCUCAGUAUAGUUCAUUUAUAGCAUUUAAAAAUGAUUUUUGCAAUAUUUCUUUUCUAUGUUUAAAUAAUUGGUUGUCUACAUCUCAGAGGAAGAUGAAUAGGAAGUUAAGGAUUUUUUGUUUUCAACUUUUUACACUUUUUUUUUAAAUCAGCCGAUUUUUAUUUUACAACAGUAUAAACAGUAUUUUGAAAACAAAGAAAAUGUUUGCUUUAAACAAAUAUCUUUUAUUAUGUCCUUACAUUCCUUUUACAAUAUCAUAUAGCAAAUUAUUUGUUCUAGUGAUGUGACAGAGGAUUCCAAUCACCAGAAAAUUAUAAUUUCAACUUCACUAGACUAAAGUAUAUUUAACUUCCAGUAUUGACUGUCUGUAUUCAAACUUGAUUCUAUCCCUAAACUUUGCAAAAGUAUGUAUACUUUAAUAUGUAUAUAUAUAAUGCACAUUAGAAAAAAUGUGUUUCAAGGGGAAAAAAUGCAUGACUACCAUUUAUAUUUACCGGGAAAGAUAUGCAUAAAAUGUGAAGUGGUUGAUUCAAACUAAGAUCAUAGAAGAUUUAGGGAGAGGUUGAUUAACCUGUUGAUGCUCUAUAUAUCUGUCAAGUGCAAUAUUAAAUAGGAUUCCUUCUGCUGUAAUAUAAAUAUAUAUAAAAAUAUAUAUAACAAAUGGCUAUUGUGUUGUUUUGAAAAUGGUUUGGUAUAUAUUGUUAUAUAUUUAAACACAAGUAAUUUUCACUUGGAAUUAAAAUUUUUGCAUCAAAUAUUAUUUAUAUCUUUGUGAUGCUUGAUGAGGAAUGGUCAGGAGCAGGGUAACUGGUGGUUAAAGAUGUCAUUUGUAGUGUCAGGUGAGAUCUUGACGUCAAAUCUUGGGGGACUGACAUUUUUAUCCUGAACUAAAGCUCCCAGUUCACUGAUCUCAAAUUGUUGGCAUUAGCCAUGAAUGGUUGUGCUUGCCAUAUAUCACCAUUGUCAACAAGUGAACUUUAUUUUACCUUCGCUAUGACCUUUAUUGGCUUGAACUAAAAUGCUUCCCUUUGGGAGUAGCUUGCCCUGAGGAACUGUUUCUUUAUAUUUAGCCUCUAUUCAGUAUGAAUGUCAUUCAAACUGCAUUCUGGUCACUUGGUACAGUCACUAGUUCUUCAAACCCACCUUUUCCCAUUUUUUCCACUCAUCAGCUAAUUUAAUCCUUUUUGUUUCUUUUGUAUCAUGCCAGCAUCAUCUUCAUUUAUAAUGCUGUUAAUGACUCUUUGUAUGUAGUGUACUUUAAACUUUGGGCUUAGCUGGGAAAUAUGGAUUUCAUUUUUUAUUGAAAUUUGUUUUACCAUUUAUUGCUUCCCAAUUGUUAUCUCACUAAACAAUAAAAGGCAUGCUCAUUUAACUACAGUAUAUGAUUUAGUGUUAUUUUCACAAAGCUUCAAGCUAUUUAUCUUAUUGGUGUUUUUUUUUAUAGUCCUAAUUUGGUGAACCUUGCUGUUGUAAUAUUUACUCUGUUAAACUUAAAGCUCCAAGCCCUGGAUUUGUGAACAUAAUACAUAAAAAAAAAGAAGUUUAUGCAGCAAUCAUACUUUUUUUUUUGUAGGCAGCACUAGCCUAAGGAUUUAAAUCUAGAGAUGGCAAACCUUUUAAGGUCAGGAUGCCAUAUACAUGUCUGAUCCAGUACAUUUUUGUCCCUUUCAAUAAUAUGCAAAUAUACUGCAGUCUGGAAUGAAGAUAUGUGUGUCGGGAUACCAUAGCGAUAAUAAAUGAACUUUGGUUAGAAAUUGACAUCUUCUGCUUAGCCACUAAUGCUUGUCCAUCAUUAACAUUGAAACUAUCACAUAGCUAAUUCUUAUUGAAAUUAUAAAUUACCAUUCUCUUACCCAUUGAACUUGUAUCUGUGUUUGCCUUCAAACUAAUCAUGUAUAUUCUUGUAAACUUUAUCUCAAUUGUAACGGGCCCAUUCCAUUAGCCAUGUACAUUUCUGAUGUUAUUUCUCAUUGUGGGCUAGCCAAGUAGUAAGUACUUGUGAAUUAAAUGGUCAUAGAGAACAAGAAACAAUUCUUUUUAGUCUGUGCAUUAUGUUUGAACUCUUAGACACAUAGAUGGCUGACUGGUCGUGCGGUUUGCGUGCUGGACUGUCGUUUGGAUUUAUCGAUAGUUCUGGGUUCAAACCCUGCCCGCACCCAUCCCCCGUCAUCCUGCGGGAGGUUUGGACUAGAAAGUAAACUUUCUUCAGCUCUGAAGGAACAUCUAAAACAUGUGAAACAUUUAACAAACAAACAUACAACACAAUGCUUCAAAGUAUGUACUAGACUGUAAUACUGCUUCAGUACUUUUAUGUUUUGGUUGUGUAGUGGAGAUAUGCUUCAUUCCUGUGUUUUCAUUUCAUGUGUACACUGGACUUAGUCAUACCAUUUUGUUUCAUUGUUUUACCUGUAGUGUUGAACAGUCAUGUAAGAAGUUAUGUUUUACCUGUAGUGUUGAACAGUCAUGUAUGUUAGAAGUUAUGAAAUAUAGAAGUUAAGAAAUAAAAAUGAACAAUGUUU